GAGAGAGAGAGAGACGCGAGAACGUACAGGCAGCGAAGCGAGAAGCGGGGGAGCUAAAAGCGUGGAGGAUGCUGCGUCUGAAAGCACUGGCAUCCUUGCAGCAACAGCAGCAACAGUAGCAGUAGCAGCAGCGGUAAAUAGAGGAUAGCUCUCCAUCUCUCCGCUUCCUCGGCUCGAUGCUACGAAGUGCGUGUGAUAGCAGCUGACGCACAUAGCUACACGUGGUGUGUUGUAAGUGAGUGAGAUAUAGUGUUUCUUGCCGCCGUGUUGUGUGAGCUACGGUUCACGGUACGAUCGCACUGUGCCGCACUGCUCUGAUCGCGGCUGUUUCUCCACCAUGGAGUCACCGUCACCGAACCAACCUGCUCUGGGUGACAACGCGGUACGUACGCUGUGGCAGCGGCGUCAUCGUAGGCUGGGAUUGCAGCGCCUGCCCUCACUGAGGAAGACAGACUACAGUUUUGACGUUGAGAAUGGCGCAUCGCCAGGCAGGAGUCCCCUGGAUGGAUCCAGCCCCGGGUCCGGAUUGGUUCUGUCUAACUUCCCACCGACGCGUCGGGAAUCCUUCCUCUACCGGUCGGACAGCGAUUUCGAUCUGUCGCCAAAGUCGAAUUCACGCAAUUCUUCCCUCACCAGCGAAUCACAUGGAGAUGACUUGAUUGUGACACCGUUUGCUCAGAUCCUUGCGAGCCUAAGGAGCGUUCGAAACAACUAUGUUGUGCUCGCCAACCUUCCACCACAGAAGGUGGGGAGAAGGACAACACAGCCGAGCACACCCAGUCAGAAGACAGACUUAAAACAGACGGAAGAGUCAUAUCAGAAGAUGGCCAUUGAGACGCUGGAGGAGUUGGACUGGUGUCUCGAUCAGCUGGAGACGGUACAGACGCAUCGGUCUGUCUCAGACAUGGCAUCGAGCAAGUUCAAGAGAAUGUUGAACAGGGAGUUAGGUCAUUUGUCCGAGUCCAGUAAAUCAGGCAACCAGAUAUCGGAAUAUAUCUGCAGCACCUUCUUAGAUAAGCAGCAGGAGAUUGACAUUCCCUCGCUGAGGGUGGAGGACACGGCCGAACAAGAGGCGGCGUUGAAGAGGAGGUCGAGCAAAGGAGAGGCGAUGCAGGAUAUCAGGGAGGAGAAGUUUAACGUCGGCACGAAGAUGGCGCAGAUAACGGGCGUGCGCAAGCCCAAGAACACCUACCAGCUGUCCAAGGCCAUGCCAAAAUACGGUGUUGAGACGAUCCACGAGGAAGAGCUGGCGAAGCUCGUUGCUGAAUUCGAUGCUUGGGGACCGGACAUAUUUAGAGUUAAUGAAAUAACCGGUAAUCGGCCAUUGACUACUGUUGUAUAUACAAUACUCAAGCAUGAGAGAGAUCUGUUGAGUGAGUUCAAAAUCUCUGAGCAGACACUGGUGAAUUAUCUCAUGGCAUUGGAAGAUCACUAUUUACAAGUUCCAUUCCACAACAGAGUUCAUGCUGCCGACGUCACACAGUCUACAAACGUCCUUCUCCUCACGCCAGCGCUAGAGAAUGUCUUCACAGAUCUAGAGUUUUUGUCAGCGAUAUUCGCCAGUGCUAUUCAUGAUGUCGAUCAUCCAGGAGUAACUAAUCAAUAUCUGAUAAACACAAGCUCGGAGCUGGCGGUGAUGUACAACGAUGAGUCGGUGCUGGAGAACCACCAUCUAGCCGUCGCUUUCAAGCUGCUCCAGCAGAAAGACUGCAACAUCUUUGAGAACUUCACUGCCAAGCAGCGUCACACAGUCAGGAAGAUGACUAUUGACAUGGUACUCGCUACGGAUAUGUCGAAACACAUGAGUCUACUGGCCGACUUGAAGACGAUGGUAGAAACUAAGAAGGUCGCAGGCUCAGGAGUGCUGCUUCUAGACAACUACACUGACAGAAUACAGGUGCUACAAAACAUGGUGCAUUGUUCUGACUUGAGCAAUCCUACCAAGCCGCUGGAGAUCUACCGAUCGUUCAACGCGCGCAUCACAGAGGAGUUCUUCCAGCAGGGAGACAAGGAGAAGGCGCAAGGACUCGACGUCUCUCCGAUGUGCGACCGUCAGAACGCCACCAUUGAAAAAUCGCAGGUUGGCUUCAUAGAUUACAUCGUUCAUCCAUUAUGGGAAACAUGGGCGGAUCUAGUUUAUCCUGAUGCACAAGAAAUGCUCGAUCAGCUAGAGGAGAAUAGGGACUGGUAUCAGAGUCAGAUCCCGCUGAGUCCGUCGUCUCAGGAUGGCUGCGACGACGCCGAGACGAACAACAACGACGACGUGAGCGACACGAGGCAGGCCGACGGAAAGUUCCAGUUCGACAUGACGCUGGACGACGCAGACAACGCGUCUGCCGACGACAAGAACAGAUACGAUGGGGAGUGCGCACGCGCCAGUGCCGGCGGCUCCAAAUCAGGCCCACGCGGUUGGGGUGCCAAACUGCGACCAUGGAAAUGGUGCGGCUCCGACAUACAGCAAAAACUAAGCUUCAGUUUCUAUAAGCCAAAGUCGUGAUUGUGGCGCGGGCCGCGUGUACACGUGCGUGGCUCACGCGGGCAACACGCCAGCCUGACGCCGGCCGACUGUGAGAGAGACGCGCGUUAGUGAUGCUCUGUGAUGAAGAAGAA